AUGUCUUCAUCGAUGAACCUGGCGAGGAAGUCGCUUCUCGCUCGCAGCGCUCCCAGCUCGCCAUUGGUCAGCAGCAUACCCAGCUUGUCUUCUCCAGGCCGAUGCUCUAUCCCUGCUCUAUCUCGAGCCUCUCAUUCCCAUACAGCCCAUAGGCCAGCAUCCAAAUCUAAUAAUACCCAGCUUGAUCCGCGAUGGCUUUCAAACAUAAAAAGGCGUAUUGGGAAAUGCAUUGCUUUUGGUAUGAAGCAGGAUCUAGUGCCGGCUGCCGGAGGGGUGCUGGAGGAGAUAGCACGGAACUGGAGGGAGCUAGUCGCGGGCAGCGAGGGAUUCUUGACCGGUGAGAAGUACUGUGGUCUUCACAGGCAUAAUGUCGUCUGGGGCGAGAUGGUGAGUUCCACUGCAUUAUCUUCUACUUUCUUUGUUUUUUACCCCCCUUCUCCUUUUCACGUAACUAUCGGUUGA